AUGUCCGACCUUGCCAAUGAUUUACUAAGAAAAAAGGUACGGCAGCAAGAUGCCCAAUCGGAAUUCUUCUCAGAGGGUGCGGACUCACUAGGACAGUUGCCAAAUACGAGGAAAAAAGAAUCGCUUAUUGGUACCCAAAAAUUACCCGAGAUCACUUCAUUUUUUCCGCAUCUUGAAUUGUUCACGAAUGAUGAUGGUUAUGUAUUUCAAACUUAUUACAAGCCUCCACGCCAGGAAGUGGGCGAAUCAUCAGUCGUAUUUGUCAUGCAUCAUGGCGCUGGCUCAAGUGGAGCCACAUUCGCUAAGCUAACAGCAGCUAUUGAAAGACAAUGCGAGAUGCAAUCUAUUUCUAGUGUUCCGGGUGUUUUUACAUUCGAUAUACGAGGUCAUGGGCGUACAGGAUUGCUCAACCCUUCCACAGAGGAGAAUACAAAACUUUCCUUUGACAAGUUAUGUGACGACUUCCGAUUUCUGCUUCAAUGCUUCCAUGAAAGGUAUAUGUCGGAGGGGCCUCCUCCAAGCUAUUUUCUAGUUGGACAUUCGCUUGGGGGAUCAAUAUUGAGUAAGGUCGUAUCGGAUGAUGUGGACAAGAAUGUCUGUCUAAAGAACAAUUUGGGGCAAAUUAUCUCUGGUUUGGUCAUGAUUGAUAUUGUCGAAGACACUGCUGUCAAAGCACUUUCUGCUAUGAAAAGCUACUUAAACGCAAUACCUAAGCAGUUCCCGUCCAUUGAACGGGCCAUUCUAUGGCAUAUUGAUUCAAAUCUAUUGCACAAUCUUGAUAGCUCACUCAUAUCGGUGCCAGAAUUAUUCACUCGCACUGAGGAAGAACAGUAUAAGUGGAUUAUCGAUUUACGGAAAACUGAGCCGUUUUGGCACCAGUGGUUUGAAGGUUUGUCAAGACGGUUUGUUAACAUACCCAGUCGUAUUUCCAAGUUGCUCAUUUCAGCCAAUAAUGAUUACUUGGACAAAGACCUAAUGAUAGGACAGAUGCAAGGUAAAUAUCAAUUGGUUGUUUUUCACAACAAUCAGCUGAAACAUUCUAAUACACUUACCACAGCUACUCAAACUAUACCGUUGCAGGACGCAAGCGAGCUAGGUCAUUUUGUGCACGAAGAUGUACCAUUCAAAGUGGCCGCAAGUCUGAUCGACUUUGUUGAAAGAAAUGAUUACAACUUUGCAACUAGAAACUCCUCGUCGUCGAGUAUGAAAUCUCAGAUCGACUUGGUUGCUGCAUUAAAUGCAAAAUGGGGAGUCCCUCAAUGA